AUGCAAGCAACAGAAAGAUGCUUCAGGAAGUUCGCGGUUAUUAUCUACCCGCAUACACGAGUUCAAAGCAAAGCACAAAUCAGAAGACCAACUUUUAUGUUGAUGUCAUUCCUAUCUCAUGUGUUAAAAUGCAAUCAAAUGUCUUGCCUUUUUCAGACUUGUUGGAUAGAAUUAUUUAAAUCUUUUCCAUUUGAAUGUGCACAUCUUUUACAACUAGUCUUGAUGGAGACGAAGCUCCUUGGCAAUAGUCACAUUAGUUAA